AUGACUUCCCUCAAACAAUUCAUUCGCAAUGUGCGAGCCUCCAAAACUAUCGCCGACGAGAGAGCGGUUGUCCAAAAGGAAAGUGCCGCCAUAAGAGCCAGUUUUCGUGAAGAGAGUCAUGAUUCGAACACCAGGAGGAACAAUGUCGCGAAGCUCCUAUACCUUUUCACACUCGGUGAACGGACACAUUUUGGCCAAAUCGAAUGUCUCAAACUGCUCGCUUCGCCUAUAUUCGCCGACAAGCGGCUGGGUUAUCUUGGGACUAUGUUGUUGCUGGACGAAAACCAAGAAGUACUCACGUUGGUAACGAACUCACUCAAGAAUGACCUGAAUCAUUCCAAUCAAUACGUUGUAGGCCUCGCUCUCUGCACCCUUGGCAACAUCGCUUCCAUCGAGAUGUCUCGAGACCUAUUUCCGGAGAUCGAGACCCUUAUAUCGACAGCAAAUCCCUACAUCCGUCGGAAAGCCGCUCUUUGCGCAAUGAAAAUAUGUCGGAAAGUGCCAGACCUACAAGAACAUUUCCUAGAAAAAGCAAAACUCCUGCUGCAGGACAGGAAUCACGGAGUCUUGUUGUGCGGUAUCACCUUGAUCACCAGCAUGUGUGAGGCGGACGAGGCAGAAGGAGGCGAAGAGGGCAUCGUGGACAUGUUCCGGCCUGUUGUGCCACAUCUCGUGAGAACACUCAAGAGCCUGACCAGCUCCGGAUACACUCCGGAGCAUGAUGUAUCUGGCAUAACGGACCCUUUCCUGCAAGUGAAAAUCCUGCGAUUGCUGAGAGUGCUUGGACGAGGGGAUGCGGCGACAAGUGAACAGAUGAACGACAUUUUGGCACAAGUAGCCACCAACACCGAGUCCACCAAGAACGUUGGAAAUGCAAUCCUCUACGAGGCCGUUCUGACGAUCCUUGAUAUCGAGGCCGAUUCAGGAUUGAGAGUAUUGGGAGUCAAUAUCUUGGGUAAAUUCCUCGCCAACAAAGACAACAAUAUCCGCUAUGUCGCGCUCAACACAUUGAUAAAGGUGGUUGCCAUCGAGCCGAAUGCCGUUCAACGACACCGGAACACUAUUCUGGAAUGCUUGAGAGACCCAGACAUCUCCAUUCGCCGACGAGCGCUGGAUCUGAGCUUCACAUUGAUCCGAGAAGACAACGUCAGGGUUCUCGUGCGAGAAUUGCUCGCAUUCCUGGAAGGCGCUGAUAACGAGUUCAAAUCUGUCAUCACCACCCAGAUUGGAAUCGCCGCAGAUCGCUUCGCGCCCAACAAACGGUGGCAUAUCGACACGAUACUUAGGGUUAUCAAGCUGGCUGGGAAUUAUGUUAAGGAGCAGAUUUUGUCAUCCUUCAUCCGACUCAUUGCUACAUCACCCGACCAGCAGACUUAUUCAGCACAGAAGUUGUACUCCGCCUUGAAAGCUGAUAUCACACAAGAAGCGUUAACGCUGGCUGGCGUCUGGGUCAUUGGCGAGUAUGGAGACGCGCUGCUCCGAGGAGGAUCAUAUGAAGAGGAAGAAUUGGUAAAAGAAGUCAGGGAAAGCGACAUCGUUGACCUGUACUACACCAUCCUCAACUCGACCUACGCAAACCAGGUCGUGACCGAAUUCAUCAUUACCUCUGCCAUGAAACUGACGACAAGAAUGGCCGACCAGUCGCAGAUUGAAAGAAUACGCCGUCUGAUGCAGUCGAGAACUUCCGAUCUCAGCGUGGAGAUCCAACAGCGGGCGGUCGAAUACGGCAAUCUCUUUGGCUAUGACUCAAUCAGACGAGGCGUUCUAGAGAAGAUGCCGCCACCAGAGAUCAAGGAAGAACAGCGCGUCCUUGGUCAAGCAACCACCCCAGCAAAGGACAAGAGGAAGUCAUUGAAGACGAAAGCGAAUGUCAAGGUUGCCAAGACCACGGAGGCAGACAUGCUUCUCGAUCUUAUGGGCGGAUCGGACAUUCAAGCUGUGGACGCUAGCGCCACGCUCAAUGGCCAGAAGCCAACCGCAGACCUCCUUGCCGAUAUUCUCGGGGGCGGUGCGUCAGUCUCGAGCCCUCCACCUCAGGCCAAAAGUCCAGUGCCCUCUAACAACGCUGAUUCCAUCAUGGAUUUAUUCAGCAACGGGACAGCCAAGAGUGCUAGCCCGGCUCCUUCUGGGCAACAAGCACAUCCAGCUUACAACAAGAAUGAACUGUCAGUCUCGAUUCAGGUUUCAAGAAGCGGUGCCGGGGUGCAGGCUCUUGCUCGCUUCAAGAAUAACUCAGCCUUUGAAAGUAUGACAGGGGUCGGGCUGCAAGCGGCCGUGCCAAAGAGUCAGAAAUUGACUCUGCAAGCGAUCAACAAGAGCACGCUUGAGGGCGGUGACGAAGCGACUCAAGCUAUGAGAAUUGUUCCUGCAACUGGGUCUCUGCCUCCGAAGCUCCGAUUGCGUCUGAAAAUAUCGUAUGCGAAAGGCGGAGGAGCACCAAUUACUGAGCAAGUUGAUUGGGCAGAACCCUGA